AAACUGUCUGCCAGGCCACCAGUCCAGCUGCACAGCCUUUGCUCUAAACAACAGCCCUUACACAGAAUUGAUAGUUGGUGGGGUUCAUCGCUGUUAACCAAGAACUACUGCUUUGGCUGGACGCUAUCUUUGCCGCGGCCUAACACAACUAUGUUCCCAUUUUGCAGCGUGUUUGAGAUACAAAUUAAAACGUGUUUUAAAACGUGUUUGUUGGUUCAGUUGAACACAAAGGCACACUGUCCGUAAGAACAACACCAACAACAAAACAUUUUCUUGAAACUCAUCCGGGAGACGGAGUACUGCCACCUUGUAACGUAAAGAAGGUAUCUCUCGGCCACUGAUUGGUUGCUUUUGCGCUUACGGUCAGUGGGGGCAGUCGCGUGCACACAUAACGGAGGUCUCGGUGGUCUUUGUGCAGCUUGGCGCGUGAAAGAAUUUAUUUGCAGUUUAGGAUAACUUUUUAGUCGUGUUGUUUUUAGGUUUUCUACUGUACAAAAGCGUUUUAUUUUUAAAAAUAGAACUAAUUUGACACGUAUAAAAUAGCGCGUUGUAUACGGACCGACAGAGUCCGAAAACCAGAAAACUAACUCGCUAGCUAAGAAGAAUAACCGCCAUACAUACACAAGAUGGAAAUGGAGAAAAGAAUCAACUUGGAGCUGCGGAACAGGAAACCAGCUGAGGUAAAGGAAUUGGUAUUGGACAACUGUCGUUCUGAUGAUGGCAAGAUUCUUGGUCUCACGGCCGAAUUCGAAAAUCUGGAAUUUCUGAGCAUGAUCAACGUCAAUCUGGUUUCACUCGACAACUUGCCCAAACUUCCCAAACUUCGCAAGCUCGAGCUGAGCGACAACCGCGUGUCGGGGGGGCUGGAGGCCCUCGCGGAGAAGACGCCCAGCCUGACCCACCUGAACCUCAGCGGCAACAAGAUCAAGGACCUCGGGACCCUGGAGCCCCUGAAGAAGCUGGCGAUGCUGAGCAGCGUUGACCUGUUUAACUGCGAGGUCACCAUGCUGCUGGACUACAGGGACAGCGUGCUGGACCUCCUCCCGCAGAUCACCUACCUGGACGGGUUCGACGCCGACGACCAGGAGGCCUUGGACUCCGACCACUCGGGCCUGGAGGACGAGCUGGACGACGAGGAUGGUGAGAGUGGCGGCGAGGAUGAAGAUGAGGAUGAGCUGGAUGUGGAGGACGAAGAUGAUGACGAUGAAGAGGUUGACGUGGAGGAUGACGAGGACGAUGAGGAAGAUGAAGGUGGGGACAGUGACGAGGUGGAUGAUGAGGAUGACGACGAUGAAGUUUGCUGUCCAGAAAGCCAUGGAGAGAAGAGGAAGAGGGAGCAAGAGGAUGAAGAUGACGACGACGAUGAAGAUGAUGAGGACGAUGAAUAAGAUCCGGCAGACUGGCAAAGUGCCGUCUGCGUGGGCCCCUGCUGAUCUUUCUGGGCUAGGGACGGGGGGGCACAUCAAAGACUGGAGGUGUUUCGCUGCAGAGUUUGUGGGGAGGGGUGGGUGGGAUGUUUUUUAACUUGGGAGGGGGGUGGGGGGAGGGGGGUGGGGGUAGGGCAUGGCAAGGUUUAUUAAUCAGCAAGCUUGAAAUGAUCCUGUUUCUCUCUCCACCGCCCCCACCCACCCCCUCAAGCCAAAAACUCUUUUGAAGGCCAGUUAACUCGAAUUGUCACCUGUUUAUUCAAUCCAGACCAUUUCGUCCACACUGUCUGCCUGCUGUUAUUGCCUUGCCCUCCUGUCUCAGUGAUGUACACGCGCGUGUGGCUAACUGCGCACGUGUGUGGCUAACUGUGCGCGCGCGUGGCUAAAUGCACACCGUGUGGCUAACUGUGCGCGCGCGUGGCUAAAUGCACACCGUGUGGCUAACUGUGCCCGCGAGUGGCUAAAUGCGCACCGUGUGGCUAACUGUGCCGCGGUGCUAAAUGCACACCGUGUGGCUAACUGUGCCCGCGCGUGGCUAAAUGCACACCGUGUGGCUAACUGUGCGCGCGCGUGGCUAAAUGCACACCGUGUGGCUAACUGUGCGCGCGCGUGGCUAAAUGCACACCGUGUGGCUAACUGUGGGCUGGUAAUGCCACCGUCACCGUGUGAGCGGAAGCAUGCUACAUCCUUUUAGCACCCGCAGUUUCCCACAGUCCGUGUGUACUCACUAUUCUCUCAGAGUGUGUGCGCGUGUGUGUGCGCGUGAGUGUGUGUGUGUGUGUGUUUGGGGGGGGUGUUGGUUGGUGUGUAACUAAGCUGUGAACUGACAUGGAGGGGGCUGACACCGUUUAAGCUUGUUAAGGAUAUUUUCACUUGUUAAGGAUAUUUUCAAUAAUUCCAGAUGUUUCUGACGCCGUUCUGGCUUUCCAAUGCCAGGCAUCUCUGGGGGGGCGGGGGGGGGUUGUUGUUUUCUUGUUUUGGACCACAAACCCUUGAAUGACCCUGAUGACCACGCCUGCUUCACAAUGGUGGCUAUCAGAAACCUUGUAUAAGUAUCUCAAACAUCCUUCUAUCACACACAAAAACAGUUUUGGUCGAUCAAAAAAAAACUCCGGAAAAUGAACAAUCCUUUGAAACCUGUAUUUUACUCUGAGAGAAUGGGACCAAGCACAGAAAUGUACAUAAAUACACUGUAUAGAUUUGUAACACUGUCAUUUUUAUUUUUAAAAAGAAUCGCCAUUCUACACUGGUUUUAACAGUUUGUAGUCUUAAUUUGUCUCAUUAAACUAUCAAAUAUGACGAA